AUGAUGGUGACCGACGCCCUACUGGUGCCCACCCAACUCAACUACUUGGUGAAAAAUUGGACCAAGUUCCCCGAGGGUUAUUUUGCUACGUUAAAGCACGUGCUGACCGGUGCCGCGCCGUUAACUGCCGCCACUUACGAGGCGGUCCGCCGGUUACUGCCCGACGUUAGGCUCCGUAAUAGCUACGGUAUGUCUGAGAGUGGUUUUGCGUUGACCGUCCACUCGCCCGACGCCCACCUAUUGACCAAUUGCGAGACUGUGGGCCGAGUGAACCCCGGGAUGCAGAUCGUGGUGAUCGACGAGAAUGGUGUGCCGCUGGGCGCCAACCAAUUGGGAGAGAUAUGCAUGAAAGGCGAUCAGGUAACCCCGGGUUACGUAAACAAUAGUCGUGAAAAUGAACGACUAUUCACUGGGCACUCAUACCUCCGGAGCGGCGAUAUUGGUUAUUAUGACGACAACCACUACUUCUACAUCAUUGGCCGCAUUAAGGAAAUGAUAAUCGUUGACGGCGUAAACAUAGCGUUGGCGGAGUUGGAGCGCCUGUUGACGGGACACAAGUCGGUGGUGAACGCGGCGGUGAUUGCGGUGUCGGACGACGGCCACGGAGAGGUGCCCAUGGCUUUUGUGACGGUGGUUGAGGGCUCGGACGUGACCGAACAGGAGUUGGUGGCCUACGUGGACGGCCAGGUGAACGAGCACAAGAAGUUGAGGGGAGGGCUGAGAAUUGUGGACAAAUUUCCCACCACUCCCAGCGGCAAGAUUAAGAAACCCCAACUUUUAGCUAUCAAAUGA